AUGCCCUCCUCCCGCGAAGAAGAGCCUCGCCGGCGCAAGAAAUCUUACGACCGCGGCUCGCCCAAGCCGUCUUCCAGGGACAAGGAUACCAAGGACCGACUUCGAUCAUCGGCUAGAAAAACGACCACUCGCCGACGCAGCGACGCAAGCAGGGAAUACAGCCCAUCGCGACCGGACAGAUCCACCUUAUCAGAAUGCUCGUCGAAGAAGGUCACCAUGUCGAUACCGGAGAUGGAGCGGCGCUCGUCGAUCGGCGAAAAGCGGCCGCAGUCGUAUCCUAACUUCUCAAAAGCACACAGCAGAGAGGCCGUCGCCCCAGGCUCGGAAAGCACUACUGAUGUCCACGACCAACGACCUCGCACUCCAGCAGACAUGGCCGACAGCCCCUCACGUGUCCCACCAAGCCCUCCUCUGACGGCCGAGGACGUAGACCUUCGACGAGCAAAGAGCGGGAACAACAUGAGGAGUCACACGGAUAGAGUCAAGUCCAAGGCCGGUCUGAAUUCUAGAAGAAGCAUGGACAACGGUCUGCGAGUGAACAUGACAGGCUCUGCAGCGAGCAGCCGUCGUCCGUCUCCAUCAAGUGUCUCUGACGCUUCUGCUCCAAGCACCGGCUCGACCAAGUACAAGGCUCCCUCUCAGCCCACCUCGACCGUCAGUCAGACCACCGUCGACUCACAGGCUACGUCAGUUGCCCCCGAACGCAAACUUCCUUCCAGGCCUCCUCCCGUUUCUGUUGCGCAGCACUAUUCUCCCCAGUCACGACCUGACUCCUCACCACGCACCCCCGCUCCGCAAGACCCAGCUUUCCCUCCGCAUGUUCAGAGACCAAAAUCCACUCCUGGCAUUGAUGUCUUUCCCGUUGGGUUCUCUCCUCGAUCCGCCCAUCCAGACUCGAUCGCUAUGCCUCCUCCACCACCUCCUCCGCCAAUGGUCUUUGCCCAAGAUAUCCCUCGUGUUGACUAUCUGCUGCAGAAUGGUGGAUUGCCGUACUUGAUCUCGAAAUCUAUCGUUCCACCUGCUAACGAUCAACCCGUUCAAUCUUAUGCCCAGUAUCAAUCUCCCCGCAUACCUUCGGCGGUCGAUGUUCAGCACAUCUUUGCGCCUGUGAGUGGUCGUCUCGAAGAUAUCGGAAAAGUUUUGUCAAAAAGUGGGUCAUUGGCCGUAGCCACAGGAUAUCGCUCAGUCGCUAGGAGAUUGCUAGAUCGCCUCGAAGCCGUCUUUGCUCGUAGCAUCUCGCAUGAGCGAUGCAGAUGCGUCUUGUGCCCGAAGUCCGCCCANAAAACUCUGUCUGAUGAGGAGGAUACGGGGAUAAGCUGGGGCGAGAUUCUAGAAUAUGUCGCUGGCCGUAGAGAGCUUCCACAGUGGCCUCCGUUUUCUCUGUCAUCCGAAGGACCAGGGUUCAAUCUCUCCGGCGUUGAGCCCAUGCAGAAACUCGAUCCUGACGUGCCGGAUGAAUAUCGCGCUCACUACAUCAAACAGAAUGCGAAAACCAAGCGAUCAGUCCAAGACUGGCUCGUACGACAACCAGACGCUCCAUCUAGCCCUCCACAAGAAGUUGAUGACGAAACCUUGACGUUCGCCAUACUCACACACAUCGAGCCUGAACGAAGACCGCUAUUCACAGCUCUGAUGAAGGGUCUCUCGACAGUGCCCUCUUCGAGAGCGCCGACACCUGCUAAUGAACCUAAGAACGAGGUCCUGGCUAAAACUGCCGCUGCUCUACAACGUCUGUAUCGUCUUCCACACUUGCCAAGAGACCCAGAAUGCACUAUCUACUUGCUCAACAAUCUACAUUUGCACAGUAUGCUUGCCACACUUGCCGCAGUGAGCGCUGGUGAAUGGGACAUUCUGGUGUCCGGUCGAUUCGAUGGCUUCUUGUGGAGCGGAGCUGAGGCUGUACCGCCUUCUGCAGUCUUCGGAUCGAACAUGACGCCCAUGUCCAGAACAACAACCCCUUUCAGCGGAGGUGUGCCAUCUCGUAACACAACNCCCUUCUCACCCCUGCGCAACGUCAUGUCUCCGGACCACACAGCAAAUAUGUUUCCCUCUCGCGGCACUACGCCAGCUCCUGGUAUGCCUGGCGGUGCUCCAGCCCCUGUUCAGAUGGAUGAAGAGACCGAGAUUGCCGUUCUUGCUCAGAUGGAGCGCGAAAUUUACCGCGGUAUGGAAGCCUUGGAAGACCAGUUCGAGGUCCUGCACAGGCAAGCCGAAGCUGUUAGGCAGAGAUUACGCGAACGCAGUGCUGGGCUCGCAAUGGCCGCCAAAGCACGUAGAGGCUCGAUGGCGUCUGAUAUCGGUGUGAGGAUUGGCACGCCUGGUGGACCAUGGGAUGAUGAGCAGCAGUCCAUAUUCGAUGACGGAAGAUCGGAACUAGCACCUGAUGACUCUGCCAGCAACAUUGAUUUCGGAAGGAAGAGAAGGUCAAAGCGACACGACCGCAGAACACCUGCUGUGCCAGAGGAGGACGAGGAUGUCGAGCGUGACUCUGGAAGGAGGAGAAGAUGA